AACUCAAGUUAUUCCACUGGAACUCCCAAAUGAACUUUCAUUUUUGAGGUAGAACUGCUCUAAACAACAAUGUUGUCUAACAUAUCCAAAAGUUAUGACAGGGGAAGUGAAUUGAAGGCGUUUGAUGACACGAAAGCCGGAGUCAAAGGCCUUGUUGAUGCUGGAAUCGCCAAGAUCCCUCGUAUUUUUGUAGAACCAGCAACAGAUGAUACAGGUAUCUUGCCGGUUUCAGAAGGUACUCCCAAAGUCCAUGCACCAGUCAUAGAUCUUACUGGCAUUCAUGAUGAUCCAGUCCGUCGUAAAGAGAUCAUUCAAGAAGUUGGAGAUGCAUCUGAGAAAUGGGGUUUUUUCCAGGUGGUGAAUCAUGGGAUUCCACUUGAUGUCUUGGAGGACAUGCUGACAGGGGUCCGAAACUUUCAUGAGCAAGAUUUUGAUGAGAAGAAAAUGUGGUACACACGCAAGCCUAUUUCAUGGCGAAAGCUCGUUUACAACUGUAACUUCAAUCUCUACAGAUCUUCUACAACAAACUGGAGAGAUACCUUUAAUGUUCCGGUGGCUCCUUCUCUUCCAAAACCCGAGGAAUUGCCUGAAAUUUGCAGAGAUAUCCUGUUGCAGUUCAUAAAGGAAGUGCAGAAGUUGGGUUGCUCAGUUCUUGAAUUGUUGUCAGAGGCUCUUGGGCUACCUAAAGAGCGGCUUAUUGAGCUUGGUUGCGGUGAGGGCUUAAACAUACUUGGCCACUAUUAUCCGGGGUGUCCUGAGCCAGAGCUGACACUGGGAACAUCCAGGCAUUCUGAUCCUACCUUCAUCACAGUGCUUUUGCAAGACCUCACCGGAGGCCUUCAAUUUGUUCACAACAAUCAGUGGUUUGAUGUUCCUCCUUGUCCCGGAGCUUUGCUGGUCAACAUUGGAGAUCUUUUACAGCUUAUAACAAAUGACAGGUUCAUAAGUGCAGAGCACAGAGUGAUUGCGAAGCACGUGGGUCCCAGAAUAUCAGUAGCAUGCAUAUUUUACACAGGUCUGAACCCUACCUUGAAGAGGUAUCAACCUAUUCAAGAGUUGUUGUCAGAUGAUAAUCCUCCCAAAUAUGGAAAAACAACUGUGAAAGAUUAUCUCCUCUGCUGCCAGAUGAAUAACAUCUUUGGGAAAGAUGCUCUCUCUUAUUUCAAGAUUUAGAUGUGUUUCUUGUAACAAUUCCGUCUCUUUUUAAUCUCGUUAUAAAACACGUUUGUCUGAGCCUCAAAUAAUGACUUAUAAUUUAUACGUUUGAAUAA